ACUUUGCCUCUGUCCCCUCCAUCCCCUGCCAGCAUUUUUCCUCCCCCCCCUUCCUCCAGCUCGUCCCAAGCCUGCCUGUCCCCAGCAUGGAGGCGGGACAGUGGAAGAGUGGCUGAGGCUGGAGUUUGGAGUUUGACCUGCUUGGAGGCUCUCAGCAGCAGGCAUAUAGAAGGAAGGUCACUGCUGUCUCUGGAAGCUCUUGGCUGCAAAGGGAGAGGAUCCUGGGUGUCUCCCUCCUUACAGCCAUCGCCACCUUCUAGUGCCUUAGAAGCCACUGACAGCCCCCAGGGCAGGUGAGCCCUGCAUCUGAAAUAAGGAUCCUGAGGUCUCGUUCAGGACCAUGGAGAGCGGCACCAGCAGUCCUCAGCCUCCACAGACAGAUCUCCUGGAUGCAUUUCCCCAGAAGGGCUUGGAGCCCGGGGACAUCGCGGUGCUGGUUCUGUACUUCCUCUUUGUCCUGGCUGUUGGACUAUGGUCCACAGUGAAGACCAAAAGAGACACAGUGAAAGGUUACUUCCUGGCUGGAGGAGACAUGGUGUGGUGGCCAGUGGGUGCAUCCUUGUUUGCCAGCAAUGUUGGAAGUGGACAUUUCAUUGGCCUGGCAGGGUCAGGUGCUGCUACGGGCCUUUCUGUAUCUGCUUAUGAGCUUAAUGGCUUGUUUUCUGUGCUGAUGUUGGCCUGGAUCUUCCUCCCCAUCUACAUUGCUGGUCAGGUCACCACGAUGCCGGAAUACCUACGGAAGCGCUUCGGUGGUGUCAGAAUUCCCGUCAUCCUGGCUGUACUCUACCUAUUUAUCUACAUCUUCACCAAGAUCUCGGUAGACAUGUAUGCAGGUGCCAUCUUCAUCCAGCAGUCUUUGCACCUGGAUCUGUACCUGGCCAUAGUUGGGCUGCUGGCCAUCACCGCUGUAUACACGGUUGCUGGUGGCCUGGCUGCUGUGAUCUACACGGAUGCGCUGCAGACACUGAUCAUGCUUAUAGGAGCGCUCACCUUGAUGGGCUACAGUUUCGCGGCAGUUGGUGGGAUGGAAGGCCUGAAGGAGAAGUACUUCUUGGCCCUGGCCAGCAACCGGAGCGAGAACAGCAGCUGCGGGCUGCCCCGGGAGGAUGCCUUCCAUAUUUUCCGAGAUCCGCUGACAUCUGAUCUCCCGUGGCCAGGGGUCCUGUUUGGAAUGUCCAUCCCAUCCCUCUGGUACUGGUGCACGGAUCAGGUGAUUGUCCAGCGGACCCUGGCUGCCAAGAACCUGUCCCAUGCCAAAGGAGGUGCUCUGAUGGCUGCGUACCUGAAGGUGCUGCCCCUCUUCAUAAUGGUGUUCCCUGGGAUGGUUAGCCGCAUCCUCUUCCCAGAUCAAGUGGCUUGUGCAGAUCCCGAGAUCUGCCAGAAGAUCUGCAGCAACCCCUCGGGCUGUUCUGACAUCGCGUAUCCCAAACUCGUGCUGGAACUCCUGCCCACAGGGCUCCGUGGGCUGAUGAUGGCUGUGAUGGUGGCGGCUCUCAUGUCCUCCCUCACCUCCAUCUUUAACAGUGCCAGCACCAUCUUCACCAUGGACCUCUGGAAUCACCUCCGGCCUCGGGCAUCUGAAAAGGAGCUCAUGAUUGUAGGCAGGGUGUUUGUGCUGCUGCUGGUCCUGGUCUCCAUCCUAUGGAUCCCUGUGGUCCAGGCCAGCCAGGGUGGCCAGCUCUUCAUCUACAUCCAGUCCAUCAGCUCCUACCUGCAGCCGCCCGUGGCGGUGGUCUUCAUCAUGGGAUGUUUCUGGAAGAGGACCAAUGAAAAGGGUGCCUUCUGGGGCCUGAUCUCGGGCCUGCUCCUGGGCUUGAUUAGGCUGGUCCUGGACUUUAUUUACGUGCAGCCUCGGUGCGACCAGCCAGAUGAGCGCCCGGUCCUGGUGAAGAGCAUCCACUACCUCUACUUCUCCAUGAUCCUGUCCACGGUCACCCUCAUCACUGUCUCCACCGUGAGCUGGUUCACAGAGUCGCCCUCCAAGGAGAUGGUACGUGACAUGACCCCGAAGCAGUCCAAAGUGGCGAAGGCCAUCCUGUGGCUCUGCGGAAUACAGGACAAGGGCAAGGAAGAGCUCCCGGCCAGAGCAGAACCCGUCAUAGUUUCCCUGGAAGAAAACCCCUUGGUGAAGACCCUCCUGGACGUCAACCUUAUUUUCUGCGUGACCUGCGCCAUCUUUAUCUGGGGCUACUUUGCUUAGUGUGGGGUGAACCCGGGGGUUCAAAGGCCGUUUCUCUUCAAUGCUCCAUUUUUUUUAAUGAAAGAAAAAAGAAUAAAGCUUUUGUUUGUUUACCACAA